CUAUAUAUAGGCUUCAAGUAACAGAUAAACCAGCUCUCAACUCUCUCUUUCUAUCUCUCUCAACACUUCAACUCAUUAAAAACACAAAGGAAAUUAUGUGUUAGAUUUCUUUCUUCAACACCUCAUAUUUGUUGAACUUGGCAGUUCACACAUCUGCGACCAGAUAAAACCCUAGCUCUUCAAUUUCCAUCUACCAAUACCAGCCAUACGCGUGUCAAACAAAUCAGCCCACCUUCUCUCCGCCAUCCUCUUUGUAUUUUUUAUUUUUUUUCUUUUCUUUUCUUCAUCAAGGGUCAUCAAAAUCUUCCAUGCACGUUGAUUCCACAAAACGCUAAUUAACCCAUUGUUUAGCUUAUUUAAUUUAAUUUUCCCUUCUAUCAAAAACCAUGAAAACUGAGGUAAGAGGAAACGGCACAUCCAUUUCCCUUCAAAAUCCUAGCCAUUUCAACACCCCUCACGGUUCUAUAACUGGAGCACUCAGGGGAUGCCUUGGUAGUCUCGAUGGAGCAUGUACAGAGAAGCUUCUACUUCACUGCGCCAGUGCCCUCGAGAGCAACGAUGUGACUUUGGCUCAGCAAGUUAUGUGGGUGCUCAAUAACGUCGCUUCCUCUGUUGGGGACCCUAAUCAAAGGCUCACCUCCUGGUUCUUGAGAGCACUCAUCUCUAGAGCAUCUAGGGUUUGCCCCACAACCAUGAAUUUUAAUGGUGGCAGCACAUCUCUGAGGAGGAGAAUGACAGUGACUGAGCUUGCCGGGUAUGUCGAUCUAAUCCCUUGGCACCGGUUUGGGUUUUGUGUAUCAAACAGCGCCAUUCUUAAGGCAGUUCAAGGAUCCCCCAAAGUUCAUAUAUUAGAUUUUAGCAUCGCUCAUUGUAUGCACUUGCCUACUUUAAUAGACGCCCUAGCUAAGAGGGCUGAAGGGCCUCCUUCACUUCGAAUCACCGUACCCUCUUGCAGGCCACCAGUGCCUCCUUUGCUUAACGCGUCAACCGAGGACGUCGGUCAUCGUUUGGCAAAUUUCGCAAAGUUCAGGGAUGUACCCUUUGAAUUCCAUGUGAUUGAUGACCCUUGUUUGUCCUCGUCAGGUGAAAUUUUGUCCAAAGAGUCCUCUGCUUUUCAGUUUGAAUCACUGUUGAGUUUGUUGACUGCUACCGAGCUAGAACUUAGGGAGGAUGAGGCUUUAGUAAUAAACUGUCAAAAUUGGCUACACUAUUUGUCUGAUGAGAGAGAAGGGAGUACUGCUCGCGAUUCUUCUUUGCGGGAUGCUUUCCUUGACAUAAUUAAAGGCCUUAAUCCUCGUAUUAUAGUUGUGGUAGAUGAGGAUUCUGACCUGAGCGCAUCAAGUCUCACGUCAAGGAUCACAACUUGCUUCAAUUAUCUUUGGAUACCCUUUGACGCAUUGGAGACUUUCUUGCCCAAAGAUAGUAACCAAAGGCUAGAGUAUGAAUCUGAUAUUGGUCACAAAAUUGAAAACAUCAUCAGUUUUGAAGGAUUUCAAAGGAUAGAGAGGUUAGAAUCCGGUGCAAAAUUGUCACAAAGGAUGAAGAGCUCCGGUUUCUUUAGCGUUCCAUUUUGUGAAGAGACCGUUGCAGAAGUUAAAUCCCUGCUAGAUGAACAUGCCAGCGGAUGGGGCAUGAAGAGAGAGGACAACAUGCUGGUUCUCACAUGGAAAGGUCACAACUCAGUGUUUGCCACGGCCUGGGCCUCAACCGGGCUGGAGGAUUGAAACAAGCGUGGACUUCAAUGUCUUAAAGUGCUACAUUAAGUAGAGGUUAUUCUGGGGCUAC